CACAACUCUCGUGGCUUUAACUCUUGCACCCAAAAGAAUCAUAUAGAUAGAGGAACAAGAACGCCCCCUAUUUCCAAUUUAGGGUCUCUUCCUUCUCCAAUCGAAAGAGAAGCAAAUCAAAGAAAGAAACAAAUAUGCCGAAGAACAAGGGUAAGGGAGGUAAAAAUAGGAAGAGAGGAAAGAACGAAGCUGAUGAUGAGAAAAGAGAACUCGUUUUCAAAGAAGACGGACAAGAAUAUGCGCAAGUCCUACGUAUGCUUGGUAAUGGAAGAUGUGAAGCUAUGUGUAUUGAUGGUACUAAACGUCUUUGUCAUAUACGUGGUAAGAUGCACAAGAAAGUUUGGAUCGCUGCUGGUGAUAUCAUUCUUGUUGGCCUUCGUGAUUAUCAGGAUGACAAGGCUGACGUGAUCUUGAAGUACAUGCCUGAUGAAGCCAGGUUAUUGAAGGCAUAUGGAGAGUUACCAGAGAAUACAAGGCUUAAUGAGGGCAUUGCUAAUGGUCUGGAUGAAGAGGAUGACAAUUGUGCUGAUGAUUACAUUGAGUUCGAGGAUGAAGACAUUGACAAAAUCUAAUCUAAACUCAAAACUGUUGUUAGUGAAUCCUGUCAUAGGCCUUACUAACAUUUUUGUGGCGUUCUUUUUCCAUAAACAUUGAAAGAGUAUUUUUGUGCAUCGUUUGAAGUUGUAUGAUUGAGCUUUGUGCAUUGGAGUUCUGUAUGGAAACUAUGCUUCCAUGAAACGAAUGGAAUAUUCUAGCUAGUUUCUGUUCA